AUGUCCAGCCGACAUCCUAUUAUUAUAGUAACGGGCGCAAAUGGCGGAGUUGGCUAUGGCAUUUGCCAGCGACUAUUGCUCAAUCUUUGCGGGGACGUCCCCGAAGAUGCACUUCCGCAACCAGAAGCGACGCCAGGAGCAUACCAGCCAUGUGAUUACAUCCCAUGGACUAAACUUACUCUUAUAAUGGCUUGCCGGAGUGCACAAAGAGCAGGCGAGGCUCGUAACAAUUUGCUUCAAUUUCUCGACGAACAUAUUGCGGAACGCAAGAGGCAGAACAGCCCCUUCUCCAAAGAGAUGGACGAGUUCCGGAAGAAUCUAACUAUCGACAUUCUCCUCUUGGACCUUGCAAGCUCACAGAGCACGUUGAAGUUUUGCCGUGAGGUCUCGCAGCGAUACCCUUAUAUAUCGCAUGCUAUUUAUAAUGCCGGAUACGCACCAUGGAACGGCAUUGACUGGCCACUUGCCAUCUGGGCAGUUCUGAAAAGUAUCAAAAAUGCUGUUACAUAUCCGCAAUACCAGAGGCAACUCACUGGCGUACUCAGCAAAGAUCAAUACGGGCUCACCUUUCAGAGCAAUGUCCUUGGCCACUUUUUUAUCACGAGAGCACUCAAGCCUCUCAUGGACAAAUCUCCAUGGCCUACACGAGUUGUAUGGACCUCGAGUCUGGAGACGACCUAUGCCCUCAAAUACGCAAAUUGGGACGACCCACAACUCAUCACAUGCAUAAAACCAUACAGUAUGUGCAAGUUCCAGACACAACUCGUCGCACAUUACCUGGACCUUGAAUCGCCAAGAACACGGCAUUUUGUUACGCAUCCUGGGGUCACCAGCACUGGCAUUUUUCUCGACCAACUCAAUAUAUUUACCUCCUUUGCUAUGCUUCUUGCAUUCUACAUUGCUCGACUCCUUGGCUCUGUCCACCACCCUAUUAGUUGGAUAAACGGAGCGAUUGCCGCCACGCAUGUCAGCCUUGUUGCAUUGCCACUUCUUAACGUUCGGAAAAAGCUCGUCGUAUACGGCUCCAGAGCUACUUUGUGGGGCAAGGCGUACGUCGGCGGGAAUGAGAUGGACAACUAUUCCCAGUAUGCGGACAAAGCGAAGAAUCUCGUCUCCUACUGCGAUGAGCUCUACGAAACUCAAAAGCGACGCUUUACUGAGCAGCGAUCAUAG